CCGACAACCUCGCUCAUGCUCCUCACAAGAGCCUUAAGAGCCUCCUCUAGACCGCUACUCGCCCCACCCCCAACUCUCAACCUCACCGUAACCCUCGCGCGCGCCAUGACCUCCUCGUCGUCCGCCCCAACCACCACCGAGUUCAUCACGGUGCUCAUCGCGACGCCGCCCGAGGCGUCGGACGCGCUCGCGCGCUCGCUCGUGGCCUCGCGCACGGCCGCGUGCGUGAACCGCGUGCCGGGGGUCAAGUCGACGUACCGCUGGAAGGGCGAGGUGAUUGUCGACGACGAAGAGGUGCUCGUGGUCAAGACUACGCGCGCGGCGUUUGGCGAGCUUAAGACGCUCGUCGAGAAGGAGCACCCGUACGACGUGCCCGAGAUCAUUGCACUGCCGAUUGUCGACGGGAACAAGGCGUACCUCGACUGGCUGCGCGACAAUGUCGGGGGCGCGGGCGCCUGAGCGCAGAGAAGGAAGGAAGGUGGACGUCCGCAUGGACGGGUGGGAUGAGAUGAUACCAUGACGUGGGGGUGGGACUUGGCACUUCCCACCGCGUUACACGGAGCACGCCAACACAGCGCAUACGAUGGAUGGAAUGUACAUGCCAGUGGCGUGGCCAGUGGCGUGCAUGGGUGCAUGUGCAUGGGGAUCUCCCAGUCCCACCCCCAAGUCGCCGAGGAUCGGAG